AUGGCGCUGCCCAACCUGCGGCGCAUCUUCAGUUCCGCACGCUCCGCCGCGCAAGAACGCGCCGUGUCACGGCAGGCCUUCUUCCGCUUCGUCGCCUUUGCCACGUCGUGCAUCUGCAUUGCCCUCCUCUCCAGCCCGCGCCGCCGCGCCGCGUUGCUGGGCGCGGGCUCGGGCGGCAGCUAG